UUUUCUACAUCAUUUUACUAUUCUUCUGGCACUGGUUUCUUCAGUGGAGGUCUCCUGUUUGGCUUCUGCUGGCUGAAGACAUCUAGCAACUUUCAUAAGAAAAAAAUUAACACCAUGUGGGAAAUCCACAAUCCAAAGUGGUUGAUGUGAGAGGAACUGUCGACGAAUGGUCAUUCUGGCGAUGAUGGCAGACCAGCCGCCUCCAUUAGAAGCCACGCCUAUUUUGAAUGAAGUGCCACUUCUACCUCACAUGGUCAAUGGGGACACCGCACAACAGGUUAUUCUUGUGCAAGUAAACCCAGGAGAGACUUUCACAAUUAGAACUGAAGAUGGACACAUUCAGUGUAUCCAAGGUCCAGCACACGUUCCGAUGAUGUCACCGAACGGUUCUGUGCCUCCGAUCUUUGUGCCUCCUGGCUACGUAUCUCAGAUGGUGGAAGAAAACGGGGUUCGGAAGGUGAUCGUGAUGCCACAUUCUACAGAAUUCCACCCCUCUAUGCAUCCGCCGCCUCCGCACGUGCCCCAUUACAUGCACCCCCACCCUGCUUUGCUGCCCCACCCGCCUCACCCAGUGUAUCCUCCAGUUCCGGGGACAGGAGAAUUGCCGCCCCAGUUUGUCCAUCAGCAUCCUCCACCUCCACCCCCAUCGCCUCAUGUUUAUCAAGAACAAGAGUCCCGUUCCCAUGCAAGAACAAAUUUUGCUCAGCGAGACGAAAGGACUCUCAAAAUGCAAGAACAUUUGAAGAAGAGGCUAAAAGACCGGCAAGCUAGUGGACAUGCCAAUAACAAAAUGAACAGCCCUCCUUCGUCACCUCAUAAAGUUCACAAUUCCUCCAGUGCCAGCGUCCAGAAUGGAUUCGGAAAGGGACAGCAGGGAACAGGAGGGCCAAUAAAGCAGAAGCAAGUAGGAAAAACCAGGGGAAGCCCACUAGCUGAUGCCGAAAUGGGAGAAUCUGACACAGAAUCCAGAAAAUCUCAAGAGGUCUUAAGCAUCAGUAAGCCUAUAGUUUCUGAAAUACAAGCAAGGUCAGCAGUCCUGUCCUGGAGUCCUCCAGUUGCCUCACAGAAUGGAGAAACUCCCAGCGCCAGCCCUGCGACGUUUACGUAUGAAGUGGCAAUCUCGAACAGCGGUAAAAACGGAAAAUUUAAAUCAAUUUAUGUUGGAGAAGAGAUAAUAAUUACGCUUCCUGAUCUCCGACCGGCAACAGACUACCAUGUCAGAGUUUCAGCUUCAAGUAGUUCCAUAAAGGAAAUGGUCUCAGAGCUGGUGAGCUUCACCACAGAGAGUUGUGAGCCUGACCCUCCAGCUGCGCCGAAAGUAGUCAGCAAAACCAAAAACAGCCUCAAUUUACAGUGGAAGUCCUCAAACGACAACGGUUCCAAAAUAACUAGCUACCUUUUAGAAUGGGAUGAGGGGAAGAGUGGAGCGUUCAAGGAAUGCUACUAUGGACAUCUAAAACAACACAAAGUAACCAAGCUGACCCCCUCUACGAAAUACACUUUCAGACUGGCGGCGAAAAAUGACAUUGGAAUGAGUGGGUUCAGCGAGACGUUGAUAUGUUACACGAUAGGAAUUGUCCCACCGCCCCCUCCGCCCCCUCGGCUGACUGAAGCAGGCGUGACCUGGUUAUCGCUCGAAUGGAGUCCCCCAAGUGGGGUAUCUUCCGAUGACUCUCUGACCUACACUUUAGAAACAGAAGAGGAAGGUUCUGAUUAUGGUUUUCAAGCAGGGUACAAUGGAGACGAACUUUCUUGCACUUUAAAAGACCUUAGGAGGAGUACUGCCUAUAAAUUUAGGGUAUUUGCCCACAACACUGAAGGAAAAAGUGGCCCUAGUGAGGUGGUGGAAUACAGCACAAGUCCUGACAAACCCGGACCUCCGAGUAAACCGGCCGUCAAGGGAAAGAUCCAUCCGCACAACGUGAAAGUGACCUGGGAUCCACCAAAGGAUAAUGGAGGGUCAGACAUCUCUGCGUAUAUUCUAGACAUUUCAGAGGUCUCCACCGGAAGCAAAUGGGAAACGGCCUACAGCGGUCCUACGAGAGAACACGUAUGUGCUCAUCUCAAACCUGGUACUUGCUACAGACUAAGAGUCUGCUGUAUUGGGAGAGGAGGCCAAAGUCAGGCGUCGGAUGUUCUCACUGUGCAAACGGCAGCCAUCCCUCCUGGACCAUGCCUUCCUCCGGGCCUGUCUGGCAAAGCCAAGCCUAAGGAAGUCACUCUUCAGUGGGAUCCCCCUUCCGCAGACGGGGGCUCAGAAGUAACGGAGUAUAUUGUGGAAGUGGCAAACUCUGACCAAGAUGAACGCAGGCAAGCUUAUCGAGGCCAGGCGCUCGAAUGCACAGUGAACGGACUCCUUCCUGGGAGGACGUACUGCUUCUGGAUACGAGCAGCCAACAAAGCCGGGCUUGGUCCUUGCUCAGAAAAAGCAGAGAUUUCUACAGCGCCAGGCCCCCCCGAUCCAUGCUGCGUUUCCAUGCUCACUUGUAAGACGGCCACCUGCAUAGUAGCCACGUGGGAGAGUCCAGCAUGUAAUGGUGCAGAAGUUACUGAAUACAGACUGGAGUGGGGCCAAGUGGAAGGAUCGAUGCAUAUCGUCUACUCGGGCCCUCUUCUGAGCUAUGAAGUAAAAGGACUGACCCCAGCAACCACCUAUUAUUGCAGAGUACAGGCUGUGAAUAUAGCUGGAGUGGGCUUGUUUGGAGAGAUCGGCAUGGUGACGACCCCAGCCUCCGUGCCCGCCGCAGUUGCAGUGCUGCACUUGCUCGAAGAAGACCAGACGGAAGCCCCUCUUCCCCUCUCAACGUGCCUUUCUCUCCACUGGGAGGAGCCCUGCUGCCAUGGGGCAGAGAUCCUGGGCUACCACAUAGAAUAUGGGGAAAAGCAACUCUCGACUGUCAGCAGAGUCACAAGCCACGUUCUGGAGAACUUGCAACCUGACACUUUAUACAGAAUCCGAAUACAAGCCUUCAACGGUCUUGGGGCGGGCCCCUUCAGCCCUUCCAUUAAAGCCAAGACGAAGCCUUUACCUCCUGAUCCCCCCCACCUAGAAUGUGUCGUCUUCAGUUACCAGAGCCUUAAGCUGAAAUGGGGCGAAGGUCCAAGCAGAGCUUUAAUCGCCAACCCCACGCAGUUCAACCUGCAGAUGGAGGAUAGGUUUGGCAGGUUCAUCAUGGUCUACAGUGGACCUUGCCACACCUAUAAAGUGCAGCGACUCAGCGAAUCUACCACGUACUACUUCAAAAUCCAGGCAUGCAAUGACGCCGGUGAAGGAAAGUUUUCUGAAGUUUACGCAUUUGCCACAACCAAAUCUCCACCACCUGCUUUGAAAGCACCCAAAGUACAUCAGCUGGGAGACAACACCUGUGAGGUCACAUGGGAGCCUUUACAGCCAAUGAAAGGCGAUUCCAUUGUUUACAUUUUACAGCUUGCCAUCGGGAGGGAAGUUGAUCAGGCAUACAAGGGACCAGAGACGUCAUUCCGCUUCUCCAACCUGCAGACAAACUGUGAGUAUCGAUUCCGGGUGUGUGCUGGCCGCCAGUACCAGGACACCACUGGGCCACAAGAACUGCACGGACCAUAUAGCCCUAGCACAGUGUUCUCAUCUCAGAAACCGGAGUUGGUGCCCCAGUGCUCAGAGCCCAGCCCCGACCUCCCAAAGAGCAGGAGGAAGGCGCUCAGUGACGAACAGUUUGCAUUCCUGCUCCUCGUCGGGUUUGCUGCCGUCGCCAUCGUGUUUGCCGUCAUCAUCCAGUACUUUGUGAUCAAGUAGGAGACUCGGAAACUGACCUCAUCGCUCAGCUUAUUCUUUUUUCAUAUGGGAGUUUAUGCCUUGGGUAUUUAUGUAAAUUCCAAUUAAAAUGCUAGCUGGGAAUGAUUGUAUGAGACACACACGUUUCCAUUUUUGCUGCUGAUGAACAGCGAGGCUGGGGGGACAGAGCCUCUCUCCAGCCCCCUUCCAAAACGAAAAAUGAAAAUCCCCUAUUGUAGCACAACGGUGCAUCUUCUAAUCAGGGUUAGCUGUUUAAAACAGCACAAAAGCUGCCUUAACACGCACUUGUGAGUCUCCAGAAAGCGGGACAAUCUUUCUUCUCAAGUCCAGCAACGGAAGGAAGGGGGCAGGGGGCGAGAGGCCCCUGUGACCCCAGGCACGUGUGAGAUCCAGCAGCAAAGAUGCUUAAAGCUUAGAACAGUACUGUAUUACAGAACAUUGCUAGAGCAUACUACAUUUACUAUACUGUAGACAAAAACCAAAACCAAAACCUUAUUGACUUCGACUUUAGCUAGAGUGCUGCUUUUAUUUUCCACUUGUUUUAAUCGUUGGGAUUCCGAUAGUUAACGAUCACUUCGAGAGCCAAGGGUAAUGGUGGGAGAUGUUGGCAUUUUUCGGAUUUUUAUCAAAAGCGUGCGAGGCGCCGCGUCGGUCUAGAUGCAGAGAGGGAUGGCGUUGGUGCGUGGCGUGGCAAAGGCGCUCCCCUUCGAUCCUGUGCAUUUCUGCAUGAAAUGCUUUCUGUUGUUGGUGAGCAACUCAAGGCCCAACCCAGACUCUGCUCUCAGUGCCUGAGAGGAUAGUAACGCCCUGUGCUUCUGAGUUAAACCACCUCCGCGUUUCUUUCAGAGGGAAAGCACAGAUUUUUUUGUCUUUAAUGAGAACAAAAAGUGCAUUUAUGAUAAAUGUUUCACUAUUUGGCUCAAACUGAGCAAGUGUUUUUUGUACUAUUCUUAACAUAAAGUUUAAAAAGAGAUUCAAACUGGUUUGUGUUUUGCUUUGGGUUUUUGUUUUGGAUGCCCUUCUAAUGUAAUCCAACUGAUCAAGUCGCACGUGAAAAUGACUUUUUUUUUAAAAAAAAGAAAGGUAACAUUAAUGUUUUAAAGGAAUUGCUGCCUCCCCAAUAGCAGUGUGCUCUAUUACAUUGGUUCCCCCCUGCUCCCCAUUCUUGUUUUUUUGUGGUUCAAGUCUGUUUUGUGAAGAACUCGCCCAGUGGCAGGUCUGGCUUUGGGUGAAAUAGUUUUUUGGGGGAGUCUUGUUGGUGGAUAUCAUGCACUACAUAGGACUGUUCUUUGUCGAGCCUCUACAGCAGGCACCUGUGAAGUAAAAAAGCUGUGCUGUCUUUACAUCUGUGCUCUCUCGGAAGCUGGAAACAACCCAUUUAGUUUCAGAAAGCAUCUUAAGAAAAAAAAUCCAGAAAAAACUCAAGUUCAAAGGCCAUAUAUGCAUUUUUUAGUGUUUUGCCUACUCGUAGGGGCUGAACAGCUAUACUUUAUGAAACAUCGGAACACUUGCACUUGUAUGCGAGACCGUGGAUGUAACUUGUGUGUACUUCAUUUUAGCUUGAGAUGUCUCUGUUUUCAGACCAUAGACCAUCAGAAGUGUUUCCCCACCGGCUGUUAGUUCAUAAUGGUAGCUUCUUACGGUUUGUGGUGUUGUGUUUUGCAUUCCACAUGUGGGACAAACCAAGACACAGAUGACAUAUCACUUAAUAUCUUAAAAGUAGAUUUAUGGUGCAAUCUGAACUUAACCUUUUUCAAAAAUGUACUCUUUUUGUGCUCUAUUUAUUUUGAUUUUUAAAAAAAAUUCUGGAAAAUGUAUGUUUGAAUGUAUUGUUCUACUUGUAGCAGAACUUUAAGUUAAUCAUUUAUUGUAAUGGAAGCCUCUCUUCAGUGUUGGAAAGAGUUUUAUACAGAUUAGUGUCUUUAGUUCGCAGGAACGUUUACAACCAAUUUUCCUUCAUUUCCUUUCAUACUUCACUUUUUUAUUUAAAAAAAAAAAAAAAGAUAGUCUAUAGCAGAUUUCUGUUGCCAAAGGGUUGUGUGUUUUGUUGCUGUUGUUCAAACUGACAAAAGAUUUUGGGGUGGGGGAAAAUCACAUUUAAUUGGCAACAGUAUGUCAAAUACAUUUCUUAAAUUAGGUUUUUCUGAAUAAACACUAACCCAAAUUAUGACUUCCUAGAACUUUAAAGUUUAAAUUUGUAUUUGUAAUUGCCACAAUGUUUAUAUUGCCAGAUGAUUUGCUGGGAAACAAUGUAAUGUAGAAUUUUAUAUUUACAACUAUACAUUCCAGAUUGGUGUACUCCUAGUGGCAUUAAUGUAUUAGAUCGCCUUUUCUCUCGUAUUGUAACUUUUGCUGUAUUUCAUACUUAUGUUAAACCUGCCAGGCAUCGUAUUACUAAAUUGUAACUAUCAAAUAGAUAAUAUAUUUAAUAUGUCCAAUAAAAAUACAAAGUUGUUCACAA